GCAAUGGAGCGAGCAGAGCGCAUGCGUCCACGGUGCUUGCUCCAGCAGCAGCCUUGCCUGCCAGUCUCCCCAGUCUGCCGCCCCGCGCAUGCGCAGACUAUAAACCAACUCCCAGGGGAGUUGAGGCGCUGGUUUGGUGGCGCGUUUUCUAGCGAAGUCCCACGUGAAGGAUAGCGGUGGCCGGAGCAGGAUACAAACAUGGCAGGCGCACACAGCAAUCCAUUAUGGAGCAGGCAUCUGUUCAAAGCUGUCCUAAUGGUCCUAGGGGCCCUUCUCCUCGUCCACUCAGCAUCAGCCCAGACUCAUCGAGAGUUUGCCUCACCUGGCCAACAGAAGAGGGAGUCCUCAGCUGAUAUUCUGACCGAGAUUGGCCGAUCUCUGAAGGAGACGUUGGAUACCUGGCUGGGGCCAGAGACCAUGCACGUGAUUUCAGAGACCCUGCUGCAGGUGAUGUGGGCCAUCUCAUCAGCCAUCUCUGUGGCCUGCUUUGCCCUGUCUGGGAUUGCUGCCCAGUUGCUGAGUGCCCUGGGGCUGGAUGGCGAACAACUCACCCAGGCCUUGAAGCUCAGCCCUAGCCAAGUCCAGACCCUUCUACUGUGGGGAGCAGCAGCACUGGUCAUCUACUGGUUGCUGUCCCUGCUCCUAGGCUUGGUCUUGGCCUUGCUAGGACGGAUCCUGGGGGGUCUGAAGCUUGUCCUCUUCGUGGCUGGCUUUGUGGGCCUGGUGAGGUCGGUGCCCGACCCAUCGACCCGGGCCUUGCUGCUCUUGGCCUUGCUAACUGUCUUUGCCUUGCUGAGUCGGCUCACUGGCUCCAGGAGCUCGGGGACCCACCUAGAAGCCAAGGUGAGAGGGCUGGAGCGCCAGAUAGAAGAGCUUCGAGGGAGGCAGAGGCGAGCAGCCAAGAUACCCAGGAGCAUGGAGGAAGAAUGACAAGGGUGUCCCAAAGUGACACCCUCACCGUACCAAAGAGCUGAGCUGCCUCUGGGUCUCAUGGCCCUCCUUGCAGCACCCCCCCUCUCCCUUCCCAGCCCUUUCCUUGCCUUGUGUUGGAACCCUUCACACCCUUACCCCUGCGCUAGCCCCUAGCUGAGAGAAGAGAACCUGUCCUCUGCCAGGUGCUCAGUCAAGGGGUGGCUCCCAGCCUGCCUCCCCCAGGGCGGGUUGGAGAGACCUCAGCCCUGGCUUCUGCUCUCAGCCAGCACCACUGCCACUGAUCUCCCGUGAUAUCAACCUUCUGCUGCCUGGCUUCCUUUCAAAAGGCCUUCCCAGGCUGACCACACCCUCAGCUCCUUUCUUCUUACUCCUGGCCACACUACCAUCCCUAGUCCCUUGAGGCCCUUAUGUCUCCCUCACUGCACAGCAGUGGGAAGGGGAAGGAGAUUUGAGACCUGAGGAUAAGGGAGGAGGAAACGGUCUGGAGGCCUGUGCACCUAUGUUCUGUUACAAGUGCCUUAACAGGAGUCAGUAGCACCCUCCAGUUGUCCCUUGCCACACUGAAUAUAGGAAAGUGUGCUAUGGCUACUUUGUGUUCAGAGUGAGCUGUCCUUUGCAGAAUCCCCACUCCAGCAAACAAAGCAAAGGCUGGGGCCCUGCUGUAGGGAAAUCUCCCUUGGGGAUUUCAGGAACCUUGAAAAGGACAGGAGGACCUGCUGUCUUGCAGUUUUACUCCUGUCCACUCUGCCAUCCAGGAGCAACCCUUGGUCAGUGUUGUGUCCCAGUAGCUGUGAAGGGCAAGGUCUUGCCCUGAUCUGUUCUGCAGGGCUAGGAGGGAGCCUGGCACUAACCCCUCUUCACCAGGGCACUUGCUCACUCUUGGCCUUGGCCUUUAUGGCCCUGGUGGAGGGAGGUGUCCUAUGCCAGGUCCAGCACAAGAUGUGAAAAAUAAAUGUCUAUUCUUAUUGAUAAGGUUUGAUGUGGAAUCACGGCUGCAGUGAUAUAUUUUUAUCAGCGCUUGGUGGUUUUAAAAAAAGUGCAUGCUAUUUUAUUAUCUUCUGAAUAAAAUGUAUUUACUCAAA